CAAAAACAUCAAGACUUGCGAUGUGAGGUGAUUGUGAUAUUCAAACUCAAGUACGAGACAACUACCAAAACGCCAGCAUAACAAGAAGGACGUUUGAAAACGAGGCUUUAAAUUGUUCUAAUUAUUUUUAUGCAAUGCUGUAUUUUUUUUAUGAAACAUAUUAGGAGAAUUAGAACAAUGACAUCGUCUUUAUUACCAUUUUUUAUGGAAGGUGAGGUCGUGAAAGGUUUCGGAAGAGGCUCCAAAGACUUGGGCUGUCCAACAGCAAAUUAUUCACUAGAAGUGGUGAAAUCUAUUCCCAAAGACAUGGCUCCUGGAGUUUAUUACGGUUGGGCACAAGUUGACUCUCAAAUGGUACAUAAAAUGGUGGCAAACAUUGGUUGGUGUCCGUUCUAUGAAAACAAGGAAAUGUCUGUUGAAACGCAUGUAAUGCAUAAAUUCGACAAUGACUUUUACGGAUCUAAUCUAAAAAUAUGUGUAAUUGGAUACUUAAGACCAGAGAAGAAAUUCGAUUCCUUGAAUGAUUUAAUUGAAGCUAUUCAACAAGAUAUAAAAAAUGCUGAUGCCAAACUAGACGAAGAUGAAGCAAAAGUAUUGAAAGAACAUAAAUAUUUUAACACUAAUAUAUAACUGUAUAGUGCAAUUGUUAAUAGUUUAUUUUUAAUAUAUAAUAAACUUUAAUACUUCCGAAUUGUUAAGUGUUACGUUUUGACUA